CAUAAUUAUUGUUUAUAAGAAAAAAAAUUGCUGAUAUACACACCUUAUUGUUUGCAUUGAAAUUGUAUUUUAAAUAUUGUUCGAUUAGAUAUUUUUAUGUGGAGAAGAUGCCCACCGAAAAUCGCAAGAAGAAAUCGGUUAAAGAAGAAAAGAAGUCGAUAAAAGAGGAAAAGAAAUCAUUAUUGUCAAUAAAACGUGAACCAGAUGAACUCAAAUCAUUGGAACAUUAUGUCGAUGACCCGGUAGAAUUAAUAAAACAAAUUUUCGGUUCAUUAAAAACCAAAACGAUUGAAUCAAUCAUACCAGAAUUUUUGCAGGAAAAACAAUUGGAAGAAAUUCAAGAGAUUUGUCUUGAAGAAGUUUUGGGCAUAUCCAAAAAACGCUUGAUGGCAAUUAUUAAUGCGACAAAAUGUCCCACAGACACUGAAUCGUCUGACUCUGGAUCUGAUGUAGAGAAAAUUGAAGAGCAUAUUUCAUUGGAAGAAAUCUCAUCCGACUCAAAUGAUGAACUGAGUAAACCGAAAAAGAAAAAGAAGCGUGAAUUAAAGAAAGAUUCUUUGUCAAAAAUAACGCCAAAAGCAACCGCAUCCACUGAAAAUCCAUCCGAGCAGAAUGGUGAAAAGCAAUAUUCCGUUUUGGAGUUGCUGGAACUACAGGCACGUGCUCGCGCGAUCCGUAGCCAAUUGGCACUCGAACCAGUUACAAAGAUAGAAUUGGAUGAUUCCGAUGAAGCGCCCAGCAAAGAGACCGACAAAGAAAAAGAGAAGGAACCGAGAACAAAAUCGACAACGGCAUCACAAAGUAAUAGUAAGCAAAAUGAGAGAGUCAGUGAAAAACAAUUGGCGGAGGAACCAAAAGUUCCGGCCACAAAGCCGGUUCGUUUAAAGCGCAAUUUCCGUCAACGACAAAUGGAAGAUUAUGAAUCUGAUGGGUCGUGCUCUGUUACGGAAAAAGAGUCAGGCGAUAAAAAUGAGAAGGAAAUCCACAAUAAUCAUGGAAAACUGCCAAUUGAAAAAUCGCCCGAGAAAAUUGUGGAAAAGGAAAAAUCACCGGAGAAAAGCGUAGAAGCAACAAUUCCCAAUGAUGAUGAUGUGGUACCGAUAGUAGCCGAACCCGAAAUUCUGUGUAUUUCUAGCAGUGAUUCGGAAAAUGAAGACAAGAAGAACGAGAAAGAGAAAAAUAAAACAAAGAGAAGUUAUAUUACGAUGCCAGUUAUUGAGAAAGUGGUGCGACCACCAACAGAGGAUGAACUCUUUUUACUGAAAAUUAAAGAGAAAUCUGAAGCGAAAAGGAGAGCAGAGGCUAAUGCAAGUAAGGACGGAAAAACGGCUGAUGACGUUGUAAAUGUGGAAACACAAGAGAAAACGGAACGCAACAAACCAAGCGAAGGCAAGAAACCAGAUGAGAUCACAGUAGAAAUGGAAGAUGGUGAAAUUAUUGAAGAUGAAGAAAUUUUGGAGAUUGCCGAAAGUCCAGAGCCGCAACCUACUACAGAGCCGGAUGAACAUGAAAAUGCAAACGAAGGAACAGAUUCGAGAAAUUCAAACGUGGUGGAAACCGACGCAGGACGUAAUGAUUCGGAUGAAUCAGAUUUUGAAGAGACAAAAAGUGGUAAAAGUAGCGUGAGUGAGUCGGAAAGCAGCGAAUCAAAGUCCAAAUCGCCAACAAGCAAAAAAUCCAACGUCGACGAUGAUGACGAGGAUAUUAUCGAUUUGGGCAAAGAUGAAGAUCUCGAUUUUGAACAACUUGAAUUGAACGCGAUGAAAUCAGAAGAGAAAUCAACACGUCAAACCCGUAGCAAAGCAAAAGAGCCCAUAGAGUCACCUGAGCCAAAGGAUGAAUCAUGGGAUAAGCGUUGGUUGAGAGGUAAUAAAGUGAGUAAAGUCUUAGCAACGGCAAAAUUGGCCAAUAAAGUACGAAGCAAAAUCAAGGAAAAGAAAACGCAAAAAACCGCACAAAAAUUAGAAGAAGUUGAACCGCCAAAAGAGAUCGUUCCAGAAAUACAACCAAAUGUUGAGUUUGGCAGCGUAGAACAUUACAAAGAGUUGACCAAACAAAAAUAAUGAAAUUUGAUAGAAUGUGAAAUAAUCGAAAAUUGUAUUAUUAAUAACAUUAUGUUAUAAUAUUUUUUUUUUAGUUUUCAAUUGUACUUUAGCACGUACAAAAAACACUGUACGUUGAUAUAUUUUAUUUUGAAAAAAAGAAAAAUAAAGAUUUUA